GCGAUUGGCCGCCGGCCGCGCCGGCCGCGCAGGGUGCGCCCGGAGGCCGCAGGUCUUCUUGAGCUAGAAGGAUGAAAAUUGGCAAUUGGGAAGUCACCGUCACUCUCCUAAGCUUCCUCCUAACUUCCAAGUUCCAGUUUGGGUGUACAAGGCUGCGAGCAAGUCUACUGUCCCAUUCCAUGAUUUAAACAGAGGCUUGGAGCAUGCAUCAUUAGCGGGAUGGUCGGCCACCGAAGCUGCCAUGUCGUCCCUGACGACCUCCAGUGAGGGAGAGAAGUCCACUCCCAGGUUUGUCGUCGGUUCCAGGGAUGAUGAGACAGACUUCCUGGAAUCAAACAUGAAGACGGAUGAAACCGAUUUCUUUGAAGAUGAUGAAGAGGAGGAGUCGCCACCUGAACGGCAGAUUGUGGUUGGAAUCUGUGCCAUGACCAAAAAGUCCAAGUCAAAGCCCAUGACACAAAUUCUGGAGCGUCUGUGCAAGUUUGAAUAUAUCACAGUUGUGAUUAUGGGGGAAGAUGUUAUUCUGAAUGAACCAGUGGAGAACUGGCCUUCCUGUGACUGCCUAAUCUCCUUCCACUCCAAAGGAUUCCCUCUGGAUAAAGCAGUUGCAUAUGCCAAGCUGUGCAAGCCAUUUUUGAUUAAUGACCUUGGUAUGCAGUAUUAUAUCCAGGACAGGCGUGAAGUGUAUCGGAUCCUUCAAGAAGAGGGAAUAGACUUGCCCCGCUAUGCUGUCCUCAAUCGAGACCCCGAUAGACCGGAAGAGUGCAACUUGGUGGAAGGAGAGGACCAUGUGGAAGUAAAUGGAGCUGUUUUCCCAAAGCCAUUUGUAGAGAAGCCGGUCAGUGCUGAGGACCAUAAUGUGUAUAUUUACUACCCGACCUCAGCAGGUGGGGGCAGCCAGCGGCUCUUUCGGAAGAUUGGUAGCCGGAGUAGCGUGUACUCCCCAGAGAGCAGUGUAAGGAAGACAGGGUCAUACAUUUAUGAGGAGUUCAUGCCUACAGAUGGCACUGAUGUAAAGGUGUACACUGUUGGGCCAGACUAUGCCCAUGCAGAGGCUCGCAAAUCUCCUGCAUUGGAUGGGAAGGUUGAACGGGACAGUGAAGGGAAAGAAAUUCGUUACCCAGUUAUGCUGACUGCCAUGGAGAAACUUGUUGCACGGAAAGUCUGUGUAGCCUUUAAGCAAACAGUGUGUGGGUUUGACCUCCUGCGGGCAAAUGGCCACUCUUUUGUUUGUGAUGUGAACGGCUUCAGUUUUGUGAAGAACUCUAUGAAGUAUUAUGAUGACUGUGCCAAAAUCCUUGGAAACAUAAUAAUGCGCGAGUUGGCUCCCCAGUUUCAUAUUCCCUGGUCUAUCCCAACAGAGGCAGAAGAUAUUCCUAUUGUCCCCACAACUUCAGGCACCAUGAUGGAGCUUCGUUGUGUUAUUGCAGUCAUCCGGCAUGGAGAUCGUACCCCAAAGCAGAAAAUGAAGAUGGAAGUUAAGCAUCCUCGGUUCUUUGAGUUAUUUGAGAAAUACGAUGGCUACAAGACAGGGAAGUUGAAGCUGAAGAAACCAGAGCAGCUACAGGAAGUGCUGGACAUUGCACGGCAGCUUGUGGUGGAACUGGGAACCCACAGUGACUGUGAGAUUGAGGAGCGGAAAUCCAAAUUGGAACAGCUGAAGAGCGUCUUGGAGAUGUAUGGACAUUUUUCUGGCAUUAACCGUAAGGUGCAGUUGACCUAUCUGCCUCAUGGACAUCCAAAAGCUGCAAGUGAAGACGAAGAAGGUCGCAGAGAGUCUUCCCCUUCUCUUCUCCUGGUGCUGAAGUGGGGUGGAGAGUUGACACCAGCAGGAAGAGUCCAGGCAGAAGAGCUGGGGCGAGCCUUUCGCUGUAUGUACCCUGGUGGCCAAGGUGAUUAUGCUGGUUUCCCUGGAUGUGGCCUGCUCAGACUGCACAGCACAUACCGUCAUGAUCUCAAGAUUUAUGCCUCCGAUGAGGGACGAGUUCAGAUGACAGCAGCAGCUUUUGCAAAGGGUCUGCUGGCCUUGGAAGGAGAGCUGACCCCCAUCCUGGUGCAAAUGGUGAAAAGUGCCAAUAUGAAUGGUCUCCUGGACAGUGACAGUGAUUCUCUUAGCAGCUGUCAACACAGAGUGAAGGCACGACUGCAUGAAAUCAUGCAGAAGGAUGCUGAGUUCUGUGAAGAGGAUUAUGAGAAGCUAGCACCUACAGGUAGUGCUUCUCUGCUCAAUUCCAUGACCUUUAUCCAGAAUCCAGUAGAGAUCUGUAACCAGGUGUUCACCCUGAUUGAGAAUCUCACCUCCCAGAUACGAAAACGUCUGGAAGACCCAAAAUCUGCAGACCUGCAGCUGUACCACAGCGAGACUUUGGAACUGAUGCUGCAACGCUGGAGUAAGCUGGAGAGAGAUUUUCGCAUGAAGAAUGGCCGUUACGACAUCAGCAAGAUCCCCGAUAUCUAUGACUGCAUCAAGUAUGAUGUGCAGCACAACUGUGCACUGAAACUGGAAGGCACAGCUGAGCUCUUCAGACUCUCUAAAGCCCUGGCAGAUGUGAUCAUACCCCAGGAAUAUGGAAUUAAUAAGGAGGAGAAACUGGAAAUUGCUAUUGGCUUUUGUCUUCCUCUCAUUAAAAAGAUCCAGUUGGACCUACAGAGAACCCAUGAAGAUGAGUCUGUCAACAAGCUACAUCCUUUGUACUCAAGAGGAGUUUUGUCACCAGGUCGCCAUGUUCGGACACGGUUAUACUUCACCAGUGAGAGCCAUGUGCACUCUCUGCUCAGCAUCUUCCGCUAUGGGGGGCUCCUGGAUGAGAACAAAGACCAGCAGUGGAAGAGAGCCAUGGACUAUUUGAGUGCUAUCUCAGAGCUGAACUACAUGACCCAGAUUGUUAUCAUGCUCUACGAGGACAACAACAAGGACCCAUCUUCAGAAGAGCGUUUCCAUGUGGAGCUGCAUUUCAGCCCUGGUGUGAAAGGCUGUGAGGAAGACAGAAAUGUCCCCACGGGAUUUGGCUUUCGGCCUGCAUCAGCAGAGAAUGAGGACAAAAAAACAGACCAAGGCAGCCUGGAGGACCUCUCCAAAGAGAAGGGCAUUGAUGAGCCAAAUCGUGCACAGCAAAUGUCUCCGCAGCCCUCUGAGCCGGUCAGCAUUCAGCGAAGAUCACCAUUGAUCAGGAACCGGAAGACAGGGUCCAUGGAGGUACUUUCUGAAUCUUCUUCCAAAUCAGGAGGUUAUCGCCUCUUCAGCACUUACUCAAGGCAGUCUUCUGAGAUGAAGCAAAGUGGCUUAGGGUCACAAUGCACCGGCCUGUUUAGCACCACUGUGCUGGGAGGCUCCUCCAGUGCCCCCAACCUCCAGGACUACGCACGCAGCCAUGGCAAAAAGUUUGCCAGCAGCCUGACAUACAAAGACGAGCUCUUGUCUAUGCCAGCCGUAAAACGAUUUUCUGUGUCGUUUGCAAAGCAUCCGACUAAUGGUUUUGAAGGCUGUUCCAUGGUUCCUACCAUUUAUCCCCUGGAGACCCUGCACAACUCCCUCUCUUUGCGACAGGUCAAUGAGUUCCUGACGGCUGUGUGCAGGAGUUGCAGUGAGUCACAUGUCCAGUCUACUGCAGACAGCAGUGGCCCCUCCAGUACUGUCUCCAGUGCAGGCCCGUCCUCCCCAACCUCUUUGGACAGCUGUGCUCGUUUCAGCUUCACCGAGAAACUUUCCAUCAGUCCCCCAAAAAGCGAGGAGCAGCUAAAUAGCCAGUCCCCUGAGCAAGGAGAGAGAGAGCCUGACAGAGGAGGGCUUGAUGUGGAGGUGGGGGUGUCUGGGUUGUCAGUGGCUGAGCCAAGUGCCCCAGAAACGCUGACCUGGAGUGAGGGCCCAGAGCCAGGCGGGGUCCUGGAGCUGUGCAAGAAGGAGCUGGCUGACAAGAACUCUAACCCAGAGAAGAAAAGUGUGCUGGCACUGGAUGAAGAAGAAUCAUCUGGGGAAAUGCUAGACCCAAGUAAAACAGGGAAACCAAAGUGUCAAGCAGAGUCUGAGAUAAGGCCAGCUGGAGAGAGAGUGGAGCCAGGUGAAGGGUAUUUAGGGGGAAUGACUGGCUUGAGUCAGUCAGGGCUGUCCAAGAACGAACAUGAAGACGAGUUGCUGGGAGAGAUGUUGGACCCAGAGCAUAUGGGCAAGGAGCCACUGGGGGACAGCGCUCUGUCAGGCCAGCUUCUGUCUGGUCAGCCAUGCCAGGAGCAGCCACUGCCUCCUGAGACAAGCGUGAAGGGGCUGCAGCCAAUGUGUCAGGAGGGUCAGCAGAACUAGCUGCUAACUGGACAGUACACUGCAAGCAUUUCUAGCCUGGAGGCAGCCCAACUUCCUGCACAACACUUCAUGCAGCCGGCUGUCCGCAGCACAGAACAAGCCAUAUCCCAAGGCCACAAGACUCUGGGAUGUGGAAGAGUCUGCUCUGCUCCUACACAAGCCAGCUCUUUGCCAACCAGCAAGAGAUAACACCCCAUCUGCCUCGUUAAACAAACAACAAAUUCAGUCUCAGUUACUGGCACAGCACCUCCAUGGAGUAGGGAUGUGGCGCUGCAUCAGUGCAGGGUGUCCCCAGGGUUGUUUGCUUGCUGGGACAGCAGAGUUAGAGGGUUGGUAGAGACAAGGCUUUUGGGGUGGUAAGUCCAGAGGGGACAAAUUGGUCCCUGGAGAUUUGUUGGCCCACAGCCUUCAGAGAAAGGCAUUCUGGGUCCAAAGUAAUUGGGUUCUUCACAACCACCAACCUCCUCUGUUCCUUCCUUCCUCUCUCAAUGCCCACCAUUGGCCACCAAAAACAGAUCCAGAGAGUCCAUGUUGGGAAGAAUAGGAAGAGGAGAAAGCAUUCUGAAUGAGCGUGGGAAAGAAUUUAAUGGGAGGAACAGGUUCAAGACUGCCACUUGCAAGAAGAACUCUCUCUGGAAUGGACUUGAAUAUUUUUCUGCUGGGCUGGAGCAGGCAGGCAGGAGCCUGGAGAUCCAGCCUGAGAGGGGUGUACAGGGAGGACACACGGGUUUUUCUAGUCCCCAGGGGUCAGGCAAGGUAAAGUUCUGAAGUCUUGGUGACAGAAAUUAAGAGAAACUGCUAUUUGAGCAAAUCAGGAUUGUUAGAAACCAAUAAGGAGAAAUCUUUAUUAUAUAUAAAAUGAAAAGUAUUUAAUACAUAUUUAUGUAAAUGACCUGCGAGCACAAGCCUGAGGGCAACACUGACACAGGUUUCCCUGCUACAUCCUUAGUGCAGGCCAGGACUGUGCUUCCUGCACCUCCUGCAUUUAUGGACAAGUCUGUGUGUUCGUCUGUAGCUAGGAUCUAUGUUUUUGUGAAGCUGUGCCCAAAGAUCUCUGCGCUGUGUUGUGAUGAUGUACGUUCACAGUAAAUCUCUGCUGUGGGUCUGGUGUCUGCCUUUGAUGCUGACUAGUGCAGCAGUGUGCGUGUGCCAGAGCUUGCAGAUGCGCAGGGCAGCAAGCACUGCUUGUUCUUGUCCAUCCUGAAGGAAUGAGGAACUGUGGCCAAGACUAGUUACAAAUGAAGUGAACGCACAGGCAUGGGGCUUUGCUCAAGAAGGCCAGAUACUUUUUUUCCUCUGAAGAAGAACUGAUCAUACUGAGGAAGAGGUCAUGGCUUCCCAGGGCCCACGAUGGUUUGCUGUAGGAUGGGAGCUCUGGUCUAAACGUUUUCUUCAGUUCCAAGCAUGUCCUGCAUACCAUGUCCUCUUUCCUGUGCCUGAUAAAGCCUCCCUGCGAGUUUGGAUAUUUAAGUAUGGCGAUGUCUACUUGUACCUGAAAUGCAGCAGUCUUACAGUGGCUUUGAGUGCAGCACUGUGCCAAGAGGAAACCCAGCUCCCCUUUCUACAGGUUUGGGUGCUGGGGACUGGGAAAAGGGCCUUCCACAUGCUGCACGAAAGCUCUCUGGCUUCUAUUGGCAACCCUGAAGUCAAGACUGGCCGACCAGCUACCCUGGCCUGUCUGACUGAGGCUGCCAGGCUUCAGUGUACCAUGGCCCCAAGAGCUGGCCAUGGGAGAGCUGGCAGCAGAGCAGCUCUCCAGACCCCACGGGCCCCUCGGGCGAUGCCCAAGCACCAAUCCUGCUGUGUGGCCCCACCGCAGCCCUCCCCAGGCUUGUGCAUGGUCCUGCCACUGCCAGCACCUCGCUCCCACAGCCGAGGCCCUGCUGGGGCCUGGCUCCUGCCAGGAACCGACGGUUCCUGAGGACAGCACCUGCGGAGCGGAGGCUGCGGCCUGGGCAGGCCCCGCCAUCACCUGCUGCUGGCUGGUGGGGCUGAGCGUGGUGCCGGCUGCCGGGUCACGCAGCUGGGGCUGAGGUGGGCACUUGCUUGGCAUGGGCUUCGGGGGCCUGGAGCCUGCUGUGGGAUGGUUUCACUCUGCACCAGGGUCUUAACAGGUCUGCCUGUCUGCUCCCUCCCCAUUGCCAGAAUAUGGUCAGUGGCGUUGCUCAGUGCCAGCUGCCUGCCUGCCGCACUGACAAGCAGCACCGGCGGUGUACUGGGCCUUGGUGCUUUUUAGCUGGGAACCCUUUCCCCCAGAGAAAGUGGCCGCUGCCUGCAGUCUCCUUGUGCUCCUACAUCUGGGCAGGGUGGCCGCUGUGGUAGCACUGCCCAAGAGCUGGUGCUGUGGGAUAUGCCAAGUCAUCUAAGCGCUAAAGAUGGCCUUUAUGGCACAUCCCUGAAGGCCAGGUCCUGCAAGAGGGGAUUGCAGGGUGCUGCAGUGGUUGAAAUCCUAGAUAGAUUGUUCCCACUCACAAAGAAGCAGUUUUAUUUACAAUGUUCCCCAAUCUUCAGCCCGUUUCUUCACCUGGAAAUAAAAAGGGAGCAGCACUUUGGAAGCAGCUGGCAGCUGUGGCUCUGCUGUGGCUCUCAAGCUCAAUGAGAGAUUGGGCCCACACAGGGUUUUUGUACUUGUGAUGAAAAAUACAAAACUUCGUAUCUCU